AUGGCUGUCAUGGGCGCUUCAGCUGCUGCUGGGCAGAAUUCCAUUACUGUUGCUGUUCGAGUUCGACCUUUUACGAUUCGAGAGGCUGCGCAACUACAAAAGAACGAUGACGGAACCCUUUUCCUCGGCGAUGGCUCCCUCGCCGCUGCGCCUACGCCAAAGCUGCACCAACGCGGCAUUCGAAACGUUAUCAAAGUUGUCGAUGAUCGUUGUUUAGUCUUUGAUCCUCCCGAGGACAGCCCCGUACAGAAAUUCUCCCGCUCAGUCCUACCCUCAUCGAAAAAGGUCAAAGAUCAAGUCUUUGCUUUCGACCGAGUCUUCGACGAAAACACAACACAGUCCGAUGUCUACGAAGGAACUACUCGAACCCUUCUCGAUAGCGUACUCGAUGGCUACAAUGCGACAGUCUUCGCCUAUGGCGCUACAGGUUGCGGAAAGACACAUACUAUUACUGGUACAUCACAGCAUCCCGGUAUUAUCUUCAUGACCAUGCAGGAGCUGUUUGAGAAAAUUGAGGAGCGCAGCCAAGACAAGGUGACCGAGUUGAGUCUGAGCUACCUUGAGAUUUACAACGAGACUAUUCGUGAUUUGUUGGUUCCUGGUGGGAGCAAGGGUGGAUUGAUGCUCAGGGAGGACAGCAAUCAGGCUGUCACUGUGUCUGGAUUGACGAGUCACCACCCCAAGGAUGUCCAGGAGGUUAUGGAUAUUAUCGUCCAAGGAAACGAAUACCGCACAGUUUCGCCUACCGAGGCCAACGCUACUUCUUCCCGAUCACACGCCGUUCUUCAGAUCAACGUCGCUCAAAAGGACCGAUCAGCCGGUGCCAGCGAGCCUCACACAAUGGCUACCCUCAGUAUCAUCGAUCUUGCUGGUUCCGAACGAGCAUCCGUCACCAAGAACCGCGGCGAGCGCCUUACUGAAGGUGCCAACAUCAACAAAUCCCUCCUUGCCCUUGGAAGCUGCAUCAACGCCCUCUGCGACCGUCGACAGAAGCAGCACGUUCCCUACCGAAACAGCAAGCUUACCCGACUGCUCAAGUUCUCCCUCGGCGGCAACUGCAAGACUGUCAUGAUUGUCUGUGUAUCACCAUCAAGCGCCCAUUUUGACGAGACACAGAACACCCUUCGAUACGCCAACCGGGCCAAGAACAUCCAGACCAAGGUGACGCGCAAUGUCUUCAACGUCAACCGCCACGUCAAGGACUUCUUGGUUAAGAUCGACGAACAGAUGGCCUUGAUCAACGAGCUCAAGGCCCAGCAGAAGGAUGCUGAGGCUAUGUUCUUCGCCAAGUUCCGAAAGCAAUGCGACAAGCGAGAUGCCAUGGCACGCGAAGGGAUUCAGCGAUUGCGCAUCGCCUACGAGAACUCUGCUCCUGAGCGUCAAGAGCGCAUCACGAACAUGAAGCGUCUCAAGGCUUUUGAGCGCCGCAUUGGUAUGCUGUCCGGAUGGAUUGCUGCCUUCGACGCGGUCUGCGAUGAACGAGGUGAUGAAGAUGCGAUGCCAGAGAACCUUGUCGCCAUUCGAAAGACGGCUCAAGGCAUCCUUGUUGAGUUGGAGAACAGCCGACACCAUAUACACCAGAAGCUGGAGAAGUCUGCAUGGGACCGAGCCAUCGACACAGCUCUAUCGCACAGCUUGCAACAACUCCAAGGUACCGAGGGUGCUGACAACGGAGAAGCCGACAACUUGACCCGUGAAGCUGAGCUGAUCAAGGCCAACUUCAAUCGCGAGGCCUACCGGGAAGUCCUUGAGCAGGACAAGGCCGGCGAUGCUGCCAUGAUCCAGAUGCUCCUCACUGCGCAGUUCGACAUUCUCUCAUCACUUUCCGAUACGCUCGGCAUGGAUGAGGAAGAUGCCGUCGCUCAUGCGAAGGAGACGAUUAAUCGUCUCCUCCAAACCGGCUUCACAGCUGCCGGUCAGGUCGUCAAGCCGGAUGGCUCCAUGCCCGUCGUCGAAGUCUUCUCGCCCAGCAAGCGAGGCACGCCCAAGCGCAAGAAGGCCAUUGCGAUGCACAUUAAGCCUGUUUCGGCUCCCAACUUUAUGCCCGCGCAUAGCGACCACGCUCCUGUCAGCCCCAUGAAGGGAUCCCCACGAAGACGUAAGGUGUUGGGAGCCUCCAAGAAGGGCGUCAGCUUCACGCCAGUGAAGACUAAGAAGAAGGGAGGAGUCCGAUGGAGGGACGAUGAGACGGAGGAGGGCACAUUGGAGGACUUUUCGAAGACGCCCCAGAAGUACAAUUCUUCCCCUGCGAUUCCCUCACCUGAGAAGCCUAUCGUCGCACCUAUCAUGCCUUCAUACCUCGAGCCCGAGACAUCGACUGUCGAAGAGUCAAGCCCCAGCCUCGAGAUCCCGGAGACCACCAGCCUGGGCGCGAAGCCUAGCAGGUUCCAGGCCGGUUUCCUUUCCAAGGGACCUAGACAUUCCCUUGCUGACGGAUCACCCAAAGCACCCACCAUGACCCUUAAGCUCGAGGCUUCACCCGAUAUUCAACGAACACCACCCCUGCGAUCUCUGGAUGUCACUAAGAGUGGCAAUUUCUCACCAUCGCCAUCGGGGCUCGGUAUUCCUAGAGCGAUUAGACGACUUCCCACGAUACAUGAUGAGAAUAACCCCCCCGGAUCUGGAUCUGACUCCGAGACGAGUACUAUCGAUGCCCGAAAGCUUCAGACCGCCCUCCGAACCGCCAUGAAGGAGAAGGCCCGCAGAGCGAGCAUCAUGGCCGGUACAACGGCAUCAAGCACCAAGCGAGUAUCGUCAAUGGGAUCGUUGCCCGAGCGUACGGGACCCAGGCCUAGUCUGCCUGCGGCCCUCGCUAGCAGCACCAACGGUAUCUCUCGACUCCGCCGAGGUAGCGCUGAGAGGAGACGAAGCCCCCCGAUGGCGUGCUCCCCAAACGACUUCAAGAUAGACAUGGCUCUGACACCUGGUCAAGCUAGACGCAUGAACAUGAACAACACAGUCACUCGAAUGGAAGGUCCUGGAUCAAGUCCUCAGGGUGGCAUGGCGGGUAGUGCGCCGCGACGAAUUACCAUUGGUAUGGGAAGUGGUACUGCUCAUCGCCGACAGGACAGCAGAGGCUAUACCUUGCGAUGA